AUGCCGAGCAGACAGUAUUUAAGUGGCAAUAAGAAAAGACAACUUGCGAAAGAAAGAGAUGAAAAAAUACGCAAACUUCCCAAAUUGACAACAUUUUUUUCUCCACGUGCGUCGACAUUAGAAGAAAAUGACACUUCACAGAAAAAUAAUGAGAACGAGAACGAUGAUACUAUUUGUGACAAAUAUGAGGCAGUUGAUAAGAUUGACCAAGGUGAUCCUAAUGAUGAAAUUCAGGAUAAAGAAAUUAAAGCUGAACCUACUCAAAAUGAUCACUCAGUGCACGAAGACAAUAAUUCAACGCUACAGAUUAAUGUAGCAGAUACAAUUGCUAUCCAUCAAGAUCCAGCUUUAUGGACACUUAAAUUGAAUCAAAACAAUUUUGAACGCGAAAAGUACUUGGAUAAAGGAUGCAAGUUUUUUCAAAACAAAAACGAUAGUUUCAUCAAAUCGGUGAGAAUUUUCGCUAAUCAGAAAAGAUAUUUUUCGGCUAAAUAUUUUCAACGUCAAUUAACAAAUGGCGAAACAUGUGAUAGAAAAUGGCUUUUAUACUCUCCAUCUUUGGGCACGGUUUUUUGUUUUUUCUGCAAAUUAUUUUCCAAUCAACAAGGAAAUACUUUUGUAACGAAUGGAUUUUCCAAAUGGAACAAAACUGAAGAAGGCAUUCAUUCGCAUGAAAAUAGCAAGGAACAUAAUAACUGUAUGUUAUUAUACUUGGAUUACAAUUUGGCUAACGCUCGCAUCGAUAAAAAAACCAUUGCCCUUAUAGAAGCUGACACAAAAUAUUGGACUCAAAUAUUAAAGCGCAUUGUAGCAGUAAUCCGUUUCUUAGCUGAACGAGGAUUGCCAUUUCGUGGUAAGAAUGAAGUCUUUGGUUCUCCAAACAAUGGAAACUACCUCGGAAUUUUGGAGCUAAUAGCUGAGUUUGAUUCGACAUUGAAAGCACAUAUUGACACAUACGCGCACAAAGGUCGAGGUACGGUGUCUUACUUAUCAAAAACAAUAUGUGAAGAAUUUAUAAACUUGAUGGCUGAGCAGGUAGUACAACACAUCAAAAAUGAAAUUAGUCAAGCCAAGUACUGGGGUCUCGUUAUUGAUUCAACGCCUGACAUUGCGCAGGUUGACCAAUUCUCCGUUGUUUUUCGUUACUAUUUGAACGAGCAUGUGUAUGAGCGAUUUUUUUGCUUUUUGCAAGUAGGCAGCCACAAAGGUAUAGAUAUGAAAAAUGCCAUUUUAAAACUGCUAGAAGAACAUGAAAUCAAUAUAGCAGGUUGUCGUGCUCAAACAUAUGAUAACGCGAGAAACAUGUCCGGUCAUAUUAAAGGACUGCAAGCUUGCUUAAAAGAGCUGAAUAAACUAGCUUUUUAUGUACCAUGCUGUGGGCAUUCUUUAAAUUUAGUUGGGGAAUGCUGCGUUCUCGAUUGUACCAUAGCUGCUUUAUUUUUUCAUCUCUUGCAAGGUUUGUACAACUUUUUUACAGCCUCUACAUACAGAUGGGAAAUUCUAGAUUCAAAAGUUUCCGAUUUAUCGGAAACUAGAUGGUCAUGUAGAGGAGAUGCUACAAAAGACUACGUCAAUAAUUUUGAUAAGAUCUUGGUUGCUCUAGAAAAAAUAUCUGAAGAUUGCGAACAAAAACCAGUAGCAAGACAAGAGGCUGCUGGACUAUUGAAAAGUAUGAAAAAGCUUGAAAACGCUAUAAUGGCAGUGUUAUGGAACAAGAUAUUGAACAGAUUUAAUGCUACGAGUCAGUACUUGCAAAAAAUCAAUGUAGAUCUUGUAUCUGCAAAUGCAAUGCUGUUAUCUCUGAUCGUUUUUGUUUCAGAUUUGCGUGAUGAAUUUCCAACAAUUGAGGCUGAAGCAAAAGCUCUGAGUGAAUCAGUAAACCAAGAUUACACAGACGCAAGCAAAAGGCGAAUAACACGCAAGUUGGCUGACAAGGAUACGCAAUCCGAAACUUCGAACGGCUCUGAAAAAUUUAGAAUUGAAACAUUUUAUGUUAUUUUUGAUAGAUUAGUCACAGAAUUGAAAAAGCGAAGUGAAGCAUAUAGUUUUAUCACAAAUUUGUUUGGAUUUUUAACUCAGUUGAUGAGUAUUGAUGGCGCAGAAUUAGAGAGAAAAGCGAGAGAACUUAUAGAAGUGUAUCCAGAUGAUCUAGAUGAAGACUUACUAAUAGAAUUAAGGCAAUUUGUACCGCGUGUCAGAACACAAACUGCCGGAUUUUUCUCGAAUCGCACGUGCGAAAAUAUCAGAACAAAUGAUAAAACGAUCUGUCCUAUAUUAGUCCUGAAUUGGAUAGCUGAAAAUGGUAUGGUACCAAUUUUCCCAAAUGUGUACGUUGCGUAUAGACUACUCGUGACUAUUCCUAUAGCCAACUGCGAAACUGAGCGAUCGUUUUCUGUGUUAAAGCGAAUAAAAGAUUUGCACAGAUCCACUAUGCUUCAUGACAGACUAUCGGCACUGGCUGUUCUCACCAUUGAAAAGGAACUACUUAGAUCACUUAAUUUCGAUAAAUUAAUUGAAGAGUUUGCAAAAUCAAGAAGUAGAAGAAAGGCCUUUUAA